CCUUGUCUCUGCAAAGAUGCCUGGAAUUACAAGCGCCCCAAAGCAAGGUGCAAAUGGAAGCACCAGCUCCCCAUUUCGCAAGCCAUUGUUUGUUGCUGAACCUCCACUGGGAGAAAAUGGCCGACCGAUAAUUCAGAAAGUUCUUAUCGCCAAUCGCGGUGAAAUUGCUUGUCGCAUAAUUCAGACGUGCCGGAAACUGAACAUAUUGUCUGUUGCGGUCUAUGUUGACGAGGAUUCAUCCUCACGGCACGUUCGCGACGCAGACGAAGCUAUCAAUAUUGGCAGUAUUGACCGGAGCGACCGCAACCCCUUUCUCAAUAUCGAGCUCCUAGUGCGGACGGCUGUGAACGUCGGUGCCAAUGCCAUCCAUCCGGGAUAUGGGUAUCUCAGUGAAAAUGCCGAUUUCGCCAACAGCGUCCGCGAAGCUGGACUGAUUUUCAUCGGACCAAGUGCUAGUGCUAUGUCGACAUUGGGCGACAAGCGAUCUUCAAAAGCAUAUCUAGGGGAACAUGCACCGGACGUUCCCCUAAUCCCCGGCUUUGCCGGAUCGAGCCAAGACGCUGAAGCAUUGAAGCGAGUCGCAGAAGAGAUCGGGUUUCCAGUCAUGCUCAAGGCCUCUGCUGGGGGUGGCGGAAAGGGCAUGCGCAUCGUGCGCGAAUCGAGCCAACUAAAGGACGAACUUGAGCGAGCACAGUCAGAAGCACAGCGCUCGUUCGGAUCGAGUGACUGUAUCCUGGAAAAAUACAUUGAAAGCAGCAAACAUGUGGAAAUCCAGAUCCUCGGUGACUCACAUGGUGAAGUCGUUUCCUUUUUCGAUCGUGACUGCUCUGUCCAGAGGCGUCAUCAGAAAGUUAUUGAAGAAACCCCGUGUCCAUUCUUGACGGAAGAAACACGCCAAAAGAUGAGCGCGACUGCCGUACGCAUCGCAAAACUCAUCGGAUAUGAGAAUGCCGGUACCGUCGAAUUUGUCGUCGAUGUGAAGACCGGCCACUUCUACUUCCUCGAGGUCAACGCGCGACUGCAAGUGGAGCAUCCCAUCACGGAGGAGGUGACUGGGGUGGAUCUUGUGUCUUUGCAGCUUUUCGUCGCGGCGGGUGGACGGCUUCAGAGUUUGCCUGCCGUUCAGAAUGUGACCCAAGUCGGACACGCAAUUGAAUGCCGCUUGUGUGCUGAGGACCCCGAGAAGAACUUCUUCCCCGAGCAUGGCAAAGUUCAUUUGUGGCUUCCUGGAUCUGGAGAGUUGGCACCCGGUCGGGAUGUUCGAUACGAGACUGCCAUCGAGUCUGGCUCAUCUGUAUCCAUUUAUUUCGAUUCCAUGAUUGCCAAGCUUGUUGUGUGGGCGCCAUCAAGGGCACUAGCUGUCGAGAAAAUGGCCAAGGUCCUCGCACACACAGCUUGCGUCGGCGUCAAGACGAACCAGCUGUUCAUGCAGGCUUGUCUACUAAACAAGGGUUUCCGUGAUCCUGCCUAUACUACCUCGUUCAUUCCAACCCACCUGGAUCGGCUUCUUCAGUCGCCUUGGAGCUUGAAUCCUCCCGAGGCUGAAAAAGUUCUCUCAGUCAUUCCCAGUUUGAUCGCCCGGAAAUUGCCCGACUACAUCCCAUCUACUUCACACCGCAAGCCAUUUGGGAAUAUUCGCAAGCAAUUCCGCAAUCAACGAUAUGAUCCUGUGAACGUUCACUGCGAUAUCUUGACCAAGAUCAACUGGCCUCGAACUUCGUCAAAUAGCGAAGGCAUUCAAUCAAGAACCAUGUGUGUGUGGAAGGCACGAAGCUCUGCUUCGGCUUCUGGGAGUGAAGAAGUAUAUCUAUUUUCUGUAUCUGACGCAGCCGAGAAUCAUGAAAAGGCCAAGUCAGCAGCAAUGAAGGUAUCUGCUCAAUACAACAGUAUCAGUCAAUCACUGAGAACCGGAGAAGCCUUGUCUACCACCCCUCAUGUGGUCAAGAUUGAGUCCUGGCGCCCUGCCCAAGGGAAUCCUGCCUUGACUCAAUCAUGGCUCACAUCCACAUUGGAAGUCUCAAUAGACGGCUCAAAAGUCCUCGCACAUGUGGCUCUACCCUCAGUUCAGCCUCAUGCCUUGGCAGGUCAAACAGACCGCAGCCAGAGAGUCUUCUGUCACCUUCCCGCACUUGGAACCCAUGUGGAGUUCAAGCGUGAUACUUUGUUGUCGUUUGCCGAAAGUAUUCGUGCGGUAGUCAAGGAAAAGGAUGGGCCUGAGGAAAAGACAGUCACAGCCCCGAUGCCUUGCAAAGUAUUAUCCGUCCUCAAGAAGAAUGGCGAGGAGGUCAAGUCUGGAGAGACGGUCAUGGUGAUUGAAAGCAUGAAGAUGGAGGUUAGUAUUGCCGUGGGGGCAUCGGGCAAGUUCGAAUCAGAAUGGAAAACGGGAGAUGCCGUAGAGGAGGGGAGAGUUUUGUGUUCGGUUGUUUGAAUUGUAGACAGCAAUACUCGCAUACAAUGUAUCUUCAUAUCAACA